UCUGAUUUUUUUUUGCUGAAUUAUUCUUAUGUUGAAGUUAUCCAGAUAUUUAUUCAGAAAAUUGUGUUUACUUCAGGUUAGACAUUGAAAUCUAAACUGAAUUAAAACAUCAUAUAGGCAGAAGUGAGCAGUGACAAGCAAGGAGGUGUAUAACUAUCAGAUUGUACGGACAAUAACAUGAUCACAAUGGAAUGGUACACAUUCAGCCUCACGACGGAAUAAUGGAGAAAUGGUGGUCAAAACUAAACUAAGUAUUUUAUGGACAGUUUUCGCUGUCAUCGGUUUAGGGAGGAGUGAGAAUUCGUAUUUUCACAGAUACAGGUCAAGGCGGUCUAUGACAUCAUGUAGUUCUCGCUACUGCUGUUACGAAGAAAUGGCGAUUUUGAGAAGGCUUUAUCUAUAUGACCCACGGAGAGGAAAAUGUGGUUGGAUCACGAAGAAUUUGACCUACUACGUCCCAAUGUACGAUCAGCGAUGUACCGUCAUAGCAGCAAUCUUACUUAAGGGAGAGAAUGGUACUUCUGGGGAGACAGGAAGAGUCGGACCCGAAGGAUCCAGAGGAUUGCCUGGUCUUCCAGGAGUUAAAGGAGAAAAAGGGGACCCGGGGUCACAAGGUAGACCCGGUAUAACGGGGCCAUCAGCACUAGUGUCACGUGGGGCUAAGGGGAAUCCUGGAGAAAAAGGAAUGCCCGGUUCCCCGGGCAUUCCAGGUCCACCGGGCGAUCUCGGACCACCAGGAAGAGACGGAGUAAAAGGAGAUCCGGGAUUACCUGGUCCCAAGGGUAACCCUGGAGUUUCCACUUCUAUAUCAGCCGCAGCAUUCUAUAUGCUUCAACAAAAAGUAGAUAACCUCACUAAUACGCAUAUUUCAACGGGUGUUCCUGGAUUACCUGGCCCAAAGGGACCAAAAGGUGAUAUAGGUCAAAGCGGUAACCAAGGUCUGCCUGGUUCAAAGGGUGACAUGGGACCACGUGGCCAAAAAGGUGUACCGGGAGAGCCUGGUCCACGCGGAGAGCGAGGCGAACCAGGUAAAACUGGACCACGUGGGGAGCCAGGAAGCAAGGGGGAAGAAGGAAGGCCAGGCCAAAGUGGCAUUCAGGGAUUUCCUGGAGAGAAGGGAGAGAUGGGAAAAACAGGACAAAGUGGACCCGUGGGACCAAAGGGACCUAAGGGUGAACCAGGAAGUAUUCCACCUGAACUGACAGUUCAAGCUUUUGAAGACCUUUUGGAUCGCAUGGCAGUCCUAGAAGAGAAAAUGCGAAAUUGUUCUUGCGGAAACCCAACAACAGUUCCUCCUGAAGUGGACGGUAUAAUAUCCGAAGAUAUAAAGAACUGUAAUAUGACAAAUUUUCCUCCACCGCCACUUCCGGUCGAUAGUUUUCUCCGACGGAAGCUGAUGAAGGAACUCACGGUCCAGAAAGUGGACAGAGAGUGUAUCAGCUUCGCUUUACAGUAUUACAAGAACUGUGCUGAAGAAGUGGACUAUAAUAAAUAUGUCAGCUUUUCCCAAAUAAAAUAAAAAAGUCA